AUGAGCGCCUCUCCCUCCAGAGUGAUCCCCCUGCUGCUGGGUGCCGCGAUGCUGUGGGGGCCGAGCUGCCUCUCCCUGCGAGUCCUCAGCGGUCAAAAAGUGUGUUAUGGAGAUAUCAAGCAUCCCUGUUACAAGAUAGCCUACUUCCAGGACUUGUCAAGACGUGUGGGCUUCCAGGAGGCCCGCCACGCCUGUGAAAUCGACGGUGGUGUGCUUUUAAGUCUGGAAAGUGAAGCUGAACAGAAGCUCAUAGAAAACAUGUUACAAAACCUCACUAAGUCAGGCUCUGGGAUUUCUGAUGGUGACUUCUGGAUUGGAUUGUGGAGAAGCGGAGAGGGACAAGCAACAUCAAGUGCUUGCCCUGAGCUCUACCAGUGGACUGAUGGAACCAUUUCAUCAUUCAGAAAUUGGUAUACGGAUGAGCCUUCCUGUGGAAGUGAAGCUUGUGUUGUGAUGUAUCAUCAACCAACUGCAAACCCUGGCCUGGGGGGGGCUUACCUUUACCAGUGGAAUGACGACAGAUGCAACAUGAAGCACAAUUUUAUCUGCAAGUAUAGUCCAGAUAAUGUCCUAGAAAAAGAACUAGGUGACAGAACAGACACAGAUUAUGAGGUUUUUCCAUCAGUGGCAGCAGGAAAGCCUUAUGAUGAAAACAAACCAGAAGAUAAUUCUCAUGUAGUUGUUACUGAAACAGGUAUAAUUCCAAAUUUAAUUUAUGUUGUUAUACCAACCAUACCACUGCUGUUGUUGAUAUUAGUGGCUUUUGGUACGUGCUGUUUCCAGAUGCUAAACAAAAGUAAAGGAAGAACAAAAACCAGCCCAAACCAGUCCACAUUAUGGAUUUCAAAGAACCCCAGGAAGGACAGUACCAUGGAGGUAUAA